GAAGGGGCGGCGGCGCCAUGUCCGACCACGAAGGUGGCAAGAAAAAGCCCCUGAAACAGCCCAAGAAGCAGGCCAAGGAGAUGGACAAGGAAGAGAAGGCGUUCAAGCAGAAACAAAAAGAGGAGCAGAAGAAACUAGAGGAGCUAAAAGCAAAGGCUGCGGGGAAGGGCCCCCUAGCUACAGAUGGAAUUAAGAAAUCUGGCAAAAAGUAA